AACGCACGCAGCAGCUUCAAGCUGAAAAAAAAAGACCUCACCCAAGCCAAAGCCUCGCUAAAAACCGAAGACGAAACGCGAGCGCGUUUAAAACCGCUUUGCGCUUAAAGUGAAAUUUACAAUUUAAAUUAAGUAAGGAUCGAUCUCCUCUCCUCAGUUCGGUACAUUUUGUGUAGACUCUGGCGCGUGGUGUUCUAUAUAAGAGUGAGGCUCGAUCCAGAACGUUUGUCAGAUCAUCGCAAGAUGUCGAAACAGUCGCUUCUGCCCCUUCUAGUGCCCCUCCUGCUGCUGCUCAGUGUCUGCUCCGUGGGGCGGGUGUCGGGCAAGAUCUUCGAUCGCUGCGAGCUGGCAAAGCAGCUGCAGCAUCGGUUCGGACUACCCUCUGUCCAGGUGGCGACCCUGGUGUGCAUUGCCCAGCACUCGAGUGACCUGAACACGGCUGCCUUGGGCGGCACCACUGGACCCGGAGGCGGCUCCCAUGGUCUCUUCCAGAUCAGCGACGUCUACUGGUGCUCCCCACCCGGACAGGGCGCGGGCUGUGGCCUGAGCUGCUCUCGCCUGCGGGACGACGACAUUGCGGACGAUGUCCAGUGCGUGCGGAAGAUUUAUACGGAGCACCAGAGGAUCUCGGGCGAUGGAUUCUCCGCGUGGCAGGCCUAUGGCGCCUACUGUCGCCAGGAUCCAGCCUCCUAUGUGGCAGGGUGUGGCGUGGGCGUCAGCAAAACAGCUCUCUCGGUUGCCGCCUCCUACCAGCACCCGCAGCAGGUGAAGCUCAACCACUACCAGGGAUCACCACAGAUAGCGGUGGCGGUGUCUCCCGUCCAGCGCGUCCAAGGGAAGAUCUACAACCGCUGCGAGCUGGCCCAGGAGCUGUACUACCAGCAUAAACUGCCAAUGCCCCAGAUCCCCACAUGGGUGUGCAUUGCCCAGCACGAGUCCUCCUUCAACACGGCUGCGGUGGGUCGACUCAAUGCGGAUGGGAGUGCGGAUCACGGCCUGUUCCAGAUCAGUGAUCUCUUCUGGUGCACCCACGAACAGCGGGCUGGAAAGGGCUGCCAUGCGACGUGCAACCAGUUCCUGGACUCCAGCAUAUCGGAUGAUGUGCAGUGCAUUCGGAGGAUCCAUCAGGAGCACACCCAGAUCUCCGGCGAUGGCUUCAAUGCCUGGACUGUCUACAAGAGGAACUGCCUGGAUCAGCAUUACGAGCAGGUGGCGGCCUGCUUCGCCAAGCCCCAGGUUAUUGCCAGCCAUCCAAAUUCCAUUGGGGCAUCUGGAUCCCCCGCGAAGUCCAAGGUCAGCUAUGCAUAUCAAUUCGCUCAGCAGAAGAUCACUCCAGUGGCCAAUCAAUACCUUAAGCCAGCACCUGCCGUGCUCACCUACCAGCGCGUGGGCGUGAGCAGCUAUCAGGGCAAUCCCUUCUUGAGGCCGCAGCCAGCAGUGUCUCAGCCCCACCCCAAUGCCAUUGGCUUCGUUGGAAAGGGGGGCCAGAGAAUGGCCAAUCCCUUUUUCAGCCACAAGCAACCACCGCACACAGCACACUUCCAGCAGCAGUAUCAGUAUCUGCACAGCACACGACCUCUACACUCCAAACAGUCGACACAAAACACACCAGUAACCACAUCCGCAUACACAUCUACAUCCCGGAGGGGUACGGGCACGGGUAAAGUUUUCAAACGCUGCGAAUUAGCCCAAGAGUUGUAUUUCUCACACAAAUUUCCCAUGCAGGAUAUAGCCACCUGGGUGUGCAUCGCCGAACAUGAGUCCUCGCUCAGGACGUCGGCCGUGGGGCGCCUAAAUACCGACGGCAGUGCCGAUCAUGGUCUCUUCCAGAUCAGCGAUCUCUACUGGUGCACCCACGGUGGGGCAGAAGCAGAAGGUGGAAAGGGCUGCCACAUUAACUGCGAUCGCCUGCUGGACUCUGACAUAUCGGACGAUGUCAAGUGCAUACGGACUAUCCACGAGGAGCACACGAGAAUAUCAGGGGACGGCUUCACGGCCUGGACUGUCUACAAUAGAAACUGCAGGCAGCGGACGAAAGCGGAUAUAGCCGGCUGCUUUGAGGCCACCGAACUGUCAAAGGAGCAGGCGCCUCCAGCUGGGGGAAACGAGAUCGUAAGGAAAGCACAUCCCCAGGUAGCCAAGGGAAAGAUCUUCAAGCGAUGCGAGCUGGCCCAAGAGCUGCACUACAAGCAUAAGCUCCCCAUGAAGGAGAUUCCCACUUGGGUGUGCAUCGCGGAGCACGAGUCCUCCUUCAACACAGCAGCCGUGGGUCGUCUGAAUGCGGACGGAAGUGCCGAUCACGGACUGUUCCAGAUCAGCGAUCUCUACUGGUGCACCCACGGUGAGGGAGGAGGCAAGGCCUGUCACAUUGAAUGCGAUCGCCUGCUGGACUCUGACAUCUCCGAUGAUGUGAAGUGUAUUAGGACGAUCCACGAGGAGCACACGCGGCUGUCGGGAGACGGAUUCAAUGCCUGGACCGUCUACAGCGGUCACUGCCGCCACCAGAGCUUGGCCAUGUUGAGCGACUGUUUCGAUGGCAAUGAAAUAGCGAAGCCGCAAAAGCCGGGUCCGUAUGCAGAGCGGCCGCAGGUGAAGCCACAGCAGGUGGCUGAGAAUCAGCCACAGCAAAAGAUCGCUGCCAGUCAUGGGUAUGCGGGCAAUCCGUUUCUGCAGAACCUACAGGCCGUGAAGACCACUCAGGGAUCUAGUCAGCAGCUUGCCUUAUUCAGCCAGCCCAAAGAGAAGCCUUCUCCAUCCUCAGACUCAGGCAGUACGCCAUCGAGAAAGCCAAAUUACGAUCACAAUCCCUUUCUUAAGGCUCCUGGCUCUCCCCGUCCGUCUUCCACUUCUUUGCAGAGUUCUGUACACGUCAGACCCAAUGAUAAUCUCCCCUAUGCCCAAAACCCAUUCCUCAGCCUACUGGCAAAGCCAAUCGUGCCUGCUCGAGUGCCCGUGCCCUCGGUCAAGCCCUCAGUCUCAACGAAGUCUCCACAACAUGUAACAAGGCCAUAUAUCAGCAGCGACAGCUUCCGCCAUGAAGUGAUCAAAUUUACGGCCACAUCUUCAGCUACAACAACAACAACAACCACUAAGCGCCCCAUAACAACAACCAAAACAACUAAGAGCCCCAUAACAACAACAACAACAACAACCACUAAGCGCCCCAUAACAACAACAACCAAAACAACUAAGAGCCCCAUAACAACAACCACAAAAACAACUACUAAGAGCACUGCCAGAGCAACUGUGAGACCGACAAAUUUCACUCCUUGGGCAUGGCAAACUCCCACAAAAACAUCGACAAAAGCGAAGCCCAAAACACGCCCACCGUCGACAACGAGAGCUACAACAGCUCGGUAUACAAUUUCAACGAAACCCACAACACGUGCAGCAACAAAACCUAUUUCAGGCUAUGUAGCAGUAACGAAACCAACAACUCGUUCCCCAUCAACAACACGCCCAGCCACAACUCGUCGAACUACGCCUACCACCCGCCCAUCAACAACAGCGAGACCUAUAACGCUUUCUACAACUGUAACUAAACCAUUAGUAUUUACUCGUGCCACAACAAAAACAACCCGACCAGCUACAACAACUCGCAGUGUUCCCAGCACCCGCGCAACUGCCUCAACGAGAUAUACAAAGCGCAAAGAAACCACAACUCGUCCAACUACAACAACUCUUCCAACAUUACCAAUGCGAUCCACAACUCGAAAUGCAGCCAUAACGAAACCCACCCAACGGCCUACAGCAAGAUCAACCACUUCUUACUCAGCAACAGCCACACCUACAAAUCGUCCCACGACAACAAGAACUCUCUCUAGCACAACCCCAAGGCCGUACCUUUUCACAUCGACAACAUCACCGAAGAGUUCCACCACUGCAGAUCCCUUUGGCCAUCCUUUCUUCCAGAAAUUCAAGGCUAAGUUUGAAAAGGCUCCCGCUCCUGUUCUACAAACCAGAAAACCCACAACAACAGCACCUUUGCGUCAAAGCCCGAGCAGCACCAGCACCACCACCAGCAGUCCGUACUACGCCAAAUAUCAGGAGAACAAAGCCAAAGCGUCAGCCAAGACAAAUUAUUCAUACAAUUUUGGUCAGAAUCGGACGACAACGAAGCGACCUGAUGGUGCAACAACCAAAAUGGCUUCGAGAGUGUCCCAAUCAGCUUUCGACUUGUAUCUAAAUUGGAACAAAAACUAAUGGGCUCCAAAGAGCUGGAGGAGCUAUGGAGAAAAAGGGGCUAUGGCAUUUUUAAGACUUGUAAAUACGCGUUAUUGAUGGAUCUAAAACGGCUUGUUUAGCAUAAUGGCAGAAUACUCAUACAUUAUUAAUCGUAAGAAUUAUAAAUAGGAUUUAGAUAAUAAAAUAAAACAAAAAUAAGCGA